CUCGUUCCCUCACCGUGCAGGAUGUCCAGAUGGAAGGGGAUACUCUUCCCAGCACUCCUCGUCCUCGUCUUUGCACCUGCGUUCCUUUGCUACAGCCGCGUACUGCUUGCAAUGCGGGCCUUCAUGGGAGGCCCCACGCUUCUGGCCGGCGUUGUCCAAUUUGCUGUGGCGGAGCACGCGCCGUUGGCUCCCAAAGUCGUGAUUGUCGACUACUACGGUGAUGAAGGCUCCGCCUGGCUCGGGAUCCCGGAGUUUGACCUCCUGGCGCGGAAUAUCACCGUCCCCGGCCUGUCGCGGCGCUACUCCAGCGUUCGAUGCACCUCAGACGGCGACAUCUGUCAGCUGCUCACAGACGAAGGUCUGAUCAACGCAGCACUCUCCACCGCAGCCUUGGUUCAAUCGCCGGCCUUCGACCUCAGGCAAUCCUACUUCCUCCUCGCGGGCGUCGCUGGGAUCUCUCCCAAAUUUGGGACACUGGGCUCCGUCGCUUUCGCGCGUUUCUCCGUUCAAGUUGCGCUGCAAUACGAGGUCGACGCGAGGGAGAUCCCGGCUGAGUUCAACACGGGCUAUAUUCCCCAGGGUACGACUGCCCCUGGGCAGUGGCCGCGCUACGUGUACGGCACCGAGGCGUUCGAGCUGAACGAUGCGUUGCGCCAGCGCGCCAUCACUUUCGCGAAACGCGCCAUGCUGAACGAUUCAGCGAGCGCGCAAGCGUAUCGCGCGCUCUAUGCAGGGGUGCCCGAGCACGCUGCCGCAUUGCAGGCACCGUCUGUGGUCGCCUGCGACACCGCGACGUCGGACGUGUGGUGGAGCGGCGCGCUGCUUGCGGAGGCCUUCGAGAACACGACCACACUCCUCACGAAUGGCACGGGAACCUACUGUACUACACAGCAGGAGGACGGCGCGGUGCUCGGCGCCCUCCUCCGCGGGGCACUGACGGGUCGUGUCGAUUUUGCGCGUGUCAUCUCGAUGCGCACCGCGUCGGACUUCGACAGGCCUGCACCGGGAAUGAGCGCGACUGCCAAUCUGUUCGAGGGGCAGAGUGCCGGGUACCGUGUCUCCGUCGUGAAUAUAUAUCGUGCAGGUGUCCAGGUCAUACAGGGCAUCCUGGACGAUUGGUAUGACGAUUAUGUUAAGGGAAUCCCGCCGAGCAAUUACAUCGGAGAUGAUAUUGGUUCGUUGGGCGGUCAUCCGGACUUUGGUCCAGGUAGUCGGUUCGGCGGGCUUCCACCUGACUUAUCUGACGUUUUACCUAUACUCUAAGAAGAUGCGCAUAUACUUCAGAGGACAUCUUCCAUACCAAUGCGGAUCGUCGUUUCAGUCCCAACCUCGAGUGUAGCUGGUAAUCUCGGGUAAAUAUCUCUUCCAUGCUUGGAAAAUGGUGCUCUUCCAACUCCCGCUCUCCACCAUGACAAACC